AUGGGCUUCUUCUCCUUCUUCAGCAAAUCAUCUCCGCCCGACUACGAGACUGUCCUUUCAAAGCUCGCCUCCGACGUCACAGAGGCAAAGACAAAUCUUUCCGCAAUAAGACUCAGAGAGCGCAGAACAGCUUUGCUUGUGAAUCUGUAUGGUGUCUCGUUCUGGGCCAUAUGGGCAGGCCUUUGGUGGGUCCGCAGCUUGCCGCUGGGACUCAUCAAGACAAAUUACGAGGAGCUGCUCGGGCGGAUAGUCGGUUUGGCUGGCAUCGUGGGGACACCAUUCCUUAUCUGGGUCCUCAACUUUGUGGUUCACGCAUACUUUUCUCGACAGAGAGUUCACGAGGAAACACACCUCAGAAAGCUCCUCAACCAGCAGCGCAAACAAGUAGACGAAAUCAAGAAAGCUACAAAUUACGACUCCACUCGCAAACUGAUCGAACGGUACGAUGAAGCGAACGGACUCGGCUCUCCCAUUGGUCCCAAAACGCCCCAGAGACCUGGCCAAGUAACUCCUCAGCACGUCACUCCAAGCUCGAAAGGUCCUAGUGGUACUCCCAGAGCUCCAGGCCAUCUUGUAGGGGCAGGUGGAACUCCUGGACCCGCACAGCCCCAGACACCUCUUCCUGUCCCCCAAGGAUUGUCCCUCGAACAAGCCACUGCCUUCCACUUGCAAGCUGGCGCUAUCCAACCAAUCUUGCCCACCCCCGAGAAGAAGUGGUAUGACCGCGUGGUGGAUUCUAUCCUCGGUGAUGACCCUUCUCAAGGUAACCAGCACAAGUAUGCUCUUGUCUGUGAAGAAUGCUUCCGACACAAUGGACUGGUCGGUAGCAAGUAUGAAUGGGAGAGGAUGCAAUGGCUCUGUCCCCGAUGCAACCACCUCAACCCCUCUCCCCUCUCUCGCCUGCCCCCUGAUCCGAACCAGCCACUCUUAGCCACCCCCACCCAACCAUCCAAGUUUCAGACUCAGGCCCAAACCCAGGCCCCUUCGACUCCGUCCCACGCCCAACGGUCUUCGGCGGCUUCUCCCAGAGGCCGCCGUCAGAUGGGCGAUAAGGGUUCCCCCAAAUCCUCGAGAUUGGCACAGGAGGUGUUCAACGCGGAUGAUGAAGAAGGGGACGAGGGUAGAAGCGAAGAGGGUAUGGAGGUUGAUGAGGAGUGA